AUGAAGAAUAGCAUAAGGGGAUGCAUAUCAUGCAUCCUACCAUGCGGGGCAUUGGACGUGAUACGUAUAGUUCACUCUAAUGGCAGAAUUGAAGAGCUCACUACUCGCACCAUCAAGGCUGCUGACGUCAUGAGAGCUCAUCCUAACCAUAUCCUCAAGAAAUAUUCUCCCUUCAACCUCCUCAUCGUUCCUCCCUACGCUGACCUCCAUCGUGGCAACAUCUACUUCCUCGUUCCCCUCCCUCCCUCUCCCAACCAACACGCUGCAGCAGUAGAUCAGCAGCUCUCCACCUCCACUCACACAAGCACCAGCAGCCUUCUUACUCUCUGGAGGCCUCACCUCGACACCAUCUCAGAGAAUAGAGAUGAACUGAUAGAAGAACGAUAG